AUGCCCCCCUACAGGAGAAAGCCCGCCCGCAUGUCGCUGGCGGCUGCCUUGGAGGAGGAGCGCCUGGAGCUGGCCGGCGAGCUCGAAGCUCGCACCGCAGCUUCCCGCCGGAAUCAUAGCGCGACCACCACCCGGAGUCUGCUGGACAUCGCUCCGUCGCCCGAGUCGCCCGAGGCCCUGCCGCCCCGACAUGGGUCCAUCGCCGGCAUUGGAGUUGGCGUGACUCCCCCGUCCAACCGUCGCAGUUGGCAUGACCCUGUUCCGGCCGCCCCGUCUUUGCGCGUGAAUACUGCGGUGGCGCCUCCUCCUGCUCCUGCGACGGCUGCCUCUCAACCUACCUCCACCUCGCCCGACAAAGAAUUCGGUCCAUCUGCCGCUGCCACCACCACCCGCAGAUUUAGCGACAACACCGCUCUUGAGAAGAAAAAGCUCUCGGACGCCACGGCCGAUCAUCCCCAUAACAAAACUUCCAACAGCGCCGCCACCAGCCCUGUCGCCAGCAAACCCAAGCCGAGCAUUCGCUGGGAUGAUUCCGUCGUCAUGUCCCCCAGCACCACCACCUACAGCUUAAACCGGCGCGCCAACAGAUCGUCCGACAAAUCAUCCAAUAAACCGCCCCAGAAAAAUGCCAUGGCUGCGGUGAUGUCAGGCCUGGAUUUGAAAGUCGGCUUGCCGAGUUUCACCAGAGGAAGAGAUUCGAGUCGCAACAAUACCGCUCGGGGAACCUCGCUGGAUUCGCGGCUCUCCUCUUCCCGACUGGGACGCUCGAGUUCGCCGCGGAAUCGAUGGCUCGGCUCGAGCUCUCGCAAUUCAAGUUCAAAUCCGGGGAAGCCGGCGCCCGAGAAACCCAAGCCGGUGGAAAUCGAGACCGUCGACAAGCCGCAAGCCACGCCCACGCCUGUUCCUGCGCCGGCGCCUGGUCAUCGUCGCGAGACGUCCGAUCCCGACAGGAAACCGUCUACAUCCGGGGAUGAACGCCUGGAGAAGGAUAUGUAUGACAGUGAGAACAAUCCGAUCGAAACGAGCGACGAAGAAGCAGACGACUCCUCGUCCAGUGACGAUGAUGAUUCUACCGCCGAGCGCGGACGGAAAGCAACGGUCGACAUCAUCCUUCCGGCUAGGGAUAAUUCAACGGGGAGUGCAAAGACAGGCCCGCCGCCACUACCUGUCGGAGAGAAAGAGAAUGCCGAGGAGAAAUCCGACUAUUCACACUCUUCCAAACAAGGACCAAUUCCCAAGAAGCCCGAUGUCCAUCCUCGGACCAGCUUUGACUCGGCCGCUUCCAUGCCAAAUACGCCGUUCGGCUCCGAUGAUGAAGCCGAGCUAUGUGACAUUAAACGAGCUCAACAACUGGGCAUCCAACUGUCCGCGAUCGACAGCUCCGUCCAAAAUCGGUCGAUUCGAACUAUCAUUCGCGGGGACUACGCUCAGCAGUCGGGCGAACUGGAAGGUGGUCGUCGCCGGCAGCGCAAGUAUUUGGUUGCAACCGAUCUGAGCGAAGAGUCGGUAUAUGCUCUGGAAUGGACCAUUGGCACCAUUCUUCGCGAUGGCGACACUAUGUUUGCCGUCUGCGCGAUCCACGACGAGACUGCCGCAUCCAAUACACUGCAGGUCGGUGACAACGCAAAAGCAAUGCAGGAUGCCGCAGCCGUGAUUGGCUCCCAGACAGAAGAGACGGCGCAAAAUCCAUACAAUGAUUCGUCGACCAACUUGUCUCGUGCGAUACUAGGCCGACUGGGAACGGACAGCAAACCCAGCUCGGUGGAUGGUCGGGGAAUGUCGAAAAUCGAAUCUGAACGGGUCCAUUCUGUGGAGGUCAUCUCUCAGACGUGCGUUCGUCUAUUGCGGAAGACGCUGCUGCAGGUUCGGGUCGCCGUUGAGGCAAUCCAUUGCAAGAGUCCAAAACACAUGAUUACGGAGGCUAUUGAUGGGCUCGAUCCGACACUGGUGAUUGUCGGCGCCAGAGGCCGAAGUGCUCUGAAGGGUGUUCUCCUUGGAUCCUUCUCCAACUACUUAGUGAUGCAUUCGUCGGUUCCCGUUAUGGUGGCACGGAAGAAGCUCAAGAAGCAUUCGAAGAACAAGAAGGCCACCAGUAUUCGUCUGUCCAACAAUCUCUCCACUCCUAAAAAGCUGGCGUUUGCGAAGGUGGACUAG